ACUGUACCGUUGCAGCAUCGGGCUGCAGUGAUUCAGAAACAAGAGGGAAGGAGGGUGAAAAAAAUGGAUUCCGUGGAAAUUGAAUCUGCAGACUGCAUGCAUCUGGGCGACUGGCCAAGGACAGCUGACGUCACUUGUGGCGUUCUUAAGAAAAGCUUAUCCCAAUCCAACGGCAGGACGCCGAUCGAUGUUGAAUUUAGUGAUUUGACGUAUACAGUGCCAACUGGUAAAAAAAGCUCUAAACUAAUUCUCAGAGGGGUCAGUGGACAAUUUAGGUCCGGAGAGUUGUCAGCCAUUAUGGGCCCGUCUGGUGCAGGCAAAUCGACAUUGCUCGACAUUCUUGCUGGCUAUAAAUGUAACGGUGUUACUGGUCUUAUCACUGUCAAUGGUCAGAACAGAGAUCUUCGUAAGUUUUGCAAAAUGUCCUGUUACAUAAUGCAAGAGGAUCUUACUCAGCCAAGAUUAACGGUAGAAGAAGCUAUAGGGUUUGCCGCUGAUCUUAAGUUAGACACUAGAAUUUCAAAGGCCGCCAAGCGAUCUCUUGUUAAUGAAAUUCUUCAGACUUUGAGACUGAACAAUGCCAGGCAUACGAUUACGGAGAGACUAUCUGGGGGAGAGCGAAAGAGACUGUCCAUUGCUUUGGAACUUGUUAAUAAUCCUCCGGUUAUUUUCCUGGAUGAACCGACUACUGGGUUGGACGAGAUGUCUUCUGUCCAGUGUGUGGAUCUUCUACGGAGAGUCGCACUAGGUGGACGUACAGUGAUUUGUUCUAUUCAUACACCCAGUGCUAGUAUAUUUUCAAAAUUUCAUCACGUCUACGUGGUAACUGCUGGACAAUGCGUUUACAGAGGAAACGUCGACGACGUGGUGCCGUAUUUACAUAAUAUAGGGAUAGACUGUCCAGUGCAUUAUAAUCCUGCUGAUUUUGUCAUUGAAGUCUCUGCUGGUGAAUACGGUAAGGAUCUUGUCGAGAGGAUGAUGACUUUGGUAGCCGAGAGAUCGCCGAUAGUACCGACCCCGCAUGCCGAUUUUCAGUAUGCGGAAUUUGAGAAUAUCGGGAAAAUUUCCUGGUGGGAACAGUUUACGAUACUUCUGAAAAGAAUGAUGUUGCAAUUCUACAGGAAUAGGAAUUAUAUGUACUUAAAAAUGUCUCUACAUGCAUUUCUUGGAUUUAUUAUUGGCGGAUUAUUUUUGGGAAUUGGUAACGACGGAUCAAAGACACUUUUCAAUUUUGGAUUCUGUUUUACCUGCCUGAUUGUCUUUCUGUACGUGCCCAUGUUACCUAUUUUACUACAUUUUCCGUCCGAAGUGCAUUUAGUUAAACGAGAGCAUUUUAAUAGGUGGUACGAUUUGGGUCCAUAUUUCUGUGCAUUGACAGUGUCUAAUAUACCCGCUCAGAUUGUACUUAGUAUUAUAUACCUGUCGAUGGUUUAUCCAAUUACGGGACAACCAUUAGAACUAUUUAGAUGUUCAAUGUUCUUCAGCACGUGUAUAAUUUGUGCUCUAAUUGCUGAAAGUAUGGGACUGGCCGUUGCAAGCAUGCUCAGUAUAGUGAAUGGUAUGUUCGUCGGUCCAGCAAUAACUGUUCCCUUAAUGUUGUUUGCUGUGCAAGGAAUGGGUACGACCGAUCCGCUUCCUAUUUAUCGGACACUGGUUAUGUAUAUAAGCUAUAUACGCUAUGGUUUAGAAGCUUUGAUAGUGGCGACUUAUGGUUACAAUCGUGAAAAAUUACCAUGUCCACCUAAUAUGAUUUAUUGUCAGUACAGGGUACCACGAGAGUUACUAAGGACCAUGGGCAUGGAAAACACUGUCUUUUGGUUAGAUUUUCUGGCACUUAUCAUAAUUCUUUUUAUCUUUCGAGCACUUACCUAUUAUCUACUGAGACAGAGACUUCAGCCUAACAAGACGUUUCAAGCUCUUUAUUUAGUUGGUCGUCUUGUGAAGAAUCACUUCGUUAACGGCUAAUUCAUUGCUUGUGCAUAGCUGAUAAUUUUUUAAAUUUUAUUUUUAUUGGAGUUCUCACACUCUCAGCAGUCAUUGUCACGGCUCAAUUAGAUUUUAGAGUUAGGAAUAAUUACAGGAAAGGAUGACUGUUGUGCGAAUACUGAACGAAUGGUAUUUAUUUUGGUUCACAAAACACCUAACACCCUAGUGAUAAGAGAUUGUCUAUACUUUCAGAGGUUAAUUAUUUUUUCAUAUCAGUUUCCUAACUGAAUUUGAUAGCUAAAGAAAUCAUGGAUACAAGUUAAAGGACGUUUCGAAUAAUAAUAGCAUAUAUGGAUUUUUUAUACAGUGAUCAGUAUAUUAAUAAGAUAGUAUAUAAAUACGUAUGACUGUUUUCUUUAUUGUAUACUCAGCCCAUGAACUUAGCAAAAUUAGGAAGUAGUAAUCCGAGAACUCUGGAAUGAAAGAUAAUUGAGAAAGAAGUUUUAUUAGAUUAAAUGAGUAAUUAACCCAGUAUUUAAAAUCCACGUAACACUGUGGAUUUUAAAUAUAGUACCAGAGAUGAGUAGGGAGAUUGCCGGUGGGAAGAUUUUCUUGAAACUAACUUUGCUUUGGUGUCGGCGCGCUACCUGAGCGUCGAACAAUACCCACGCUUUCGACUGGUCGAACGUAUACUUACUUUACUACUUCUCGAAAUCUUUAUUUCUAUUUUCUUAUUGCGAAUAUUUCGCAAACCAUAUAAGUACAUCUGUACUUCGUAUGCUGUAUCAUUAUCGUAUUUGCCGAAUAAAUUAUCUUGAAACACUUA